AUGGACCUGUCUAAGGCUGGUGAGUGGAGCAGCCAGGUUAAGCUCGAUCCUAACAAAUGUGUCAUUCUUCACAAUGUGCCAAUUGAUAUGACUGAGGAUAUUAUUUCAGAAGUGCUAAACUCAGUGAAAGUGUUUGGUUGCCCUAAAUUACGGGGCCGUCGUGGGGAUAUCACUGGUUCGCAGAUGUUCUUGUUGGUGGAAACCAGCUUGGAGAUUGAUGUUAACACGGUUCCACUAGAAGUAGGUAUUCCUGGAGUUGUGGGGCCAUGGGGGGUACAUGUUCCUGCAGGUGAUAUGGCCCCUGAGCUGACUGAAAAGGGCAGUGAGUUUCAGGAGAAGUUAAUGAGUUGGCUGAAUCAGGAGGGUAAGUCGCUAGAUGAUGUGAGGCCCCUGAUUAGCAUUGACCAACCUACCAAUGUAAAUGCAAAUUUAGUACACGCUCUCGACCGGUUGGUGGAAAAAUGUACUCAGGCGCCUGUUGAGUCUUUGAGUUAUCGCAAACUACGGGUGUUUUCUGGUCUACAACCUGUUCCCUCAGGAGAGGACGAUUAUGACUCCUGGAUGGAACAAGCCACACAGAUGGUUAGCGAAUGGCAGUGUGCUGAGUCCACCAAAAAGCAACGGAUUGUGGAAAGUUUGAGGGGGCCUGCAGCUGACAUAGUCCGUUUUGUGAAAAUGGGUAGUUCAGAGGCGGCAGCCACAGACUAUCUAAAGGCGUUAGAUACUGCUUAUGGGAGUACAGAAAGUGAGACAGAUCUUACUGUGAAGUUCAGCUGUACUUACCAAGAGCCUGGUGAAAAGCUCUCAAGCUACUUGUAUCGGCUGGACAAGAUCCUCCAUCGUCUCUUCUUGAAAGGGGGUAUAAAAGUGGAAGACCUGAAUCGGAAACGUAUGGAACAGGUUGUUAAAGGUGCACUAACAUCUGAUACCGUAGCGCUGAGGCUUAGAAUGAUGUACAGUUUACGUGAUCCACCUGGGUUUUCUCAGCUUUUGCGUGAGGUCCGAGAGGAGGAAAAUUGGAUAAGCACACGCAUUAGUGCUAAGCCUGUUGUAAAUUCUAAACCUGCUGUGGCUGUGCCGAUGGGGUCUGCCUUGGAUGAAGUCGAGAUUUUGAAAAGAGAGGUAAAGGACUUGACCACUCAGGUAGGGAAGUUAUUGAAAAAUGUCACGUCUCUACCUGUAGGCGAUGUCACUACACAGAUCCCUUGUGUGGGAACUGCUAAGGCAUCAGGGUGUUCCACUGCGGCUACAACUAAAGGCUCCGAUGUCAUUUCCGGGCAGGGAUUUUCUGUUACAAGUGUGGAGAAGAUGGCCACACAAGAAGGGAAUGUCAAGGGAUAG